UUUCACUGUAAGUGGUUUCCAUUAGCCAUUAACCUUUCUUUUCAAGCGAAGAUAUAAUGAGUAAUUGGUGUCCAAAUAUCUGUAUGUAGAUACGGCUGUUUGUAUAUAGUAUUGAUGCUAGCAUAAUCGCAUUGGUAGAAUCCGUUCGUUUUCCGAUGUUUGGAGCUUGUGAUUGAGAGUGCUUUGUAUACACUGUGUGUUGGUAAUUACAGGAUCAGCAUCUACUGUAUUGAAUCAGCAGUUUUCCAUGAAAGAUUCUUCCUUUUUAGGAGAUUCUGUUAAUUGAAGAUUUGGACAUACUGGCAGCACACCUUUCAUUCCUGUGGUACCAUUUUUUCCUGCAAUCAUGGUUGUGGGAAUGAGGACAAAAACCAGAAAAAGCCCCACUGUUCAACUUGAUUACUUGAUUCAUGUUCAAGAGGUUAAGCCUUGGCCCCCAUCUCAAUCACUGAAAACGAUUCGUUCCGUUCUAAUUCAAUGGGAACAUGGCGAGCGGAAUUCUGGCACUACUAACCCAGUAGUCCCUUUUCUUGGGUCUGGCAUUGGUGAUGGAAAAGUUGAAUUUAAGGAGUCUUUUAGGCUUCCUGUGACACUGUUAAGGGAAAUGCACACUAAAGGUGGGGAUGGUGAUUCUUUUCGAAAGAAUUGCUUAGAGUUCAAUCUGUAUGAACUAAAGAGGGACAAGACGACCAAAGGGCAGUUGUUGGGAACUGCCAUUGUGGAUUUGGCAGACUAUGGUGUUGUUAAAGGGACUCUUCGCAUAAGUGUCCCAAUGAGUUGCAAGAGGAGCUUUAGCAACACAGCUCAGCCGGUGCUGUUUAUUAAGAUCCAAUUAGUUGAAAAAAGUCGCACCAACCUGUCGAAAGAAACAUCUAUGGAGAGGAAUGGCAGUGAAUCAGUUUCGGCCUUGAUGAGUGAAGAAUAUGCUGCUGAGGAAGCGGAGAUUGCAUCGGUUACUGAUGACGAUGUUUCUUCUCACUCAUCAUCAGCUGUUUCUUCUUCGGCUUUUGAAGUGGGUCCGCAGGCAAUGAAGAAUAACCAAGGGGAGACUUAUGACCAGCAUCUUUUAACUUCAGAAAAGAGUAUUGUCAGAUUAGAUGCGAAGCUUGUGGACGAACUACAUGAAAAUUCAAAGGAUGUAGAGGUUUCGAGUGAAACUAUUAGUAGUAAUGCUCUGCAAGGAUCUGAAGCAAAUAAACUGCAUGGCUCUUCAGCAAUCUCUGUUGAAUCUCGAGCCAAUCAUGAGGAUAGAGAUGAAGUUUGGAGUCCUAGCAAAGAACACACACAUGAAGGUGAAAUUGCUGAUUUCAUUCAUAACAGUCCUGCUAAGGAUAGGAACAUAAAGGAACAUCAAGAAAAUGGACAGGAGGCAGAAAUGCUGCAAGAUGAUACCAGAAAGCGAGUCUCAUCAGGAAGUGAAGCACUUUCUUUUUGUGCCGAAGAUGUCGGACAAAAGAGCAAUACCCUAAACAGUGAUAGAUUGAUGCAUGUGAAGUCUGUGAGGUCACUUGGGGACUCAGGUAAGAGCAAUGGAUCAGUCAAGAGUGGUAAGUUGGGAGAUGCUCAAAAUGGACAUCAAAUUGAUGUUAAUUAUCAAAGAAAAGACACCAAAGUUCAUCAGAUCGAGACAAGAAAAACCACUUCUGAUGGUAGAAUCCAGCGACUAGAGCACAGAAUAAAAAUGCUUGAAGGAGAAUUGAGAGAAGCUGCGGCUAUUGAGGUUGGUCUUUACUCGGUUGUUGCAGAGCAUGGAAGUUCCAUAAAUAAGGUCCAUGCUCCAGCUCGUCGCCUUUCUAGGUUCUACCUUCAUGCAUGCAAAGAGAGCUCCCAAUCAAGGAGAGCAAGUGCAGCUAGAAGUGCUAUCUCAGGAUUAGUUGUAGUUGCAAAAGCAUGUGGAAAUGAUGUUUCAAGGUUGACUUUUUGGUUGUCCAAUUCCGUUGUGUUGAGAGCCAUCGUAACCCGAGCCUUUGCAGAACAUCAACUUCCAUUUUCUGCUGGACCUUUUCCUGAAAGGCCUGGUGGCGAGAAGGGAAACCGCAAGAAAUUAUCUCCUCUGAAAUGGAAGGAGUCCUCUCCAAGUAACAAGACUAAAGGUACUUUAUGCGGAAGCUUUGAUGACUGGGAUGACCCUAGCAAAUUUGCAUCUGGAUUGGAAAAGAUAGAAGCUUGGAUCUUCUCGAGAAUCGUCGAGUCUGUCUGGUGGCAGACUCUGACACCACAUAUGCAAUCUGCUGCUGCUAGUAAAACAUAUCAAAGGACAUCCAGUUCAGGUGAUCAAGAUCAGGUAAACAUCUCAUUAGAGCUCUGGAAGAAGGCUUUCAAGGAUGCCUGUGAACGGGUUUGCCCUCUUCGAGCAGUGGGACAUGAAUGUGGUUGCUUGCCUGUGCUACCUAGAUUGAUAAUGGAGCAAUGUGUGGCUAGAUUGGAUGUGGCAAUGUUCAAUGCUAUUCUACGUGAAUCUGAUGAUGAAAUUCCAACUGAUCCUGUCUCUGACCCCAUUAGUGAAGCCAAGGUUCUCCCUAUUCCAGCGGCGAAAGCAAGUUUUGGGGCUGGUGCACAACUUAAAAACUUGAUCGGGAACUGGUCUAGAUGGCUUACUGACCUGUUUGGCAUUGACGAUGGCGAUUCAUUUCAAGACAGGAAAGAUGACAGUAAUGAUGACGAAGAUGGUAGAAAAGACUGUGAUACAUCUUUCAAGUCUUUCCAUCUUCUAAAUGCUUUGAGUGACCUCAUGAUGCUUCCAAAGGACAUGCUCUUGAGCCGGUCAAUCAGAAAAGAGGUUUGUCCUACAUUUGGGACACCACUGAUCAAAAGGGUACUCAACAACUUUGCCCCAGAUGAAUUUUGCCCAGACCCAAUUCCUGAGGCUGUGCUUGAAGCUCUGGAUAUUGAGGAUCCGCUUGAGGCUGAGGAAGGUUUUGUCACAGACAUCCCAUGCAGUGCAUCUCCCAUUGUAUAUUUGCCACCUGCUGCAGCUUCAGUUGCUGGUACUAUUGGAGAGAUAGGAAGCCAAUCUAAGCUGAGAAGAAGUGGGUCCUCCGUUCUCAAGAAAUCAUAUACUAGUGAUGACGAGCUUGAUGAAUUGGAUUCGCCUUUAUCUGCAAUUGUUGACAAUAUCCAGAGUUUGAGUUCACCUUCAACAAAAUCCUGUUGGGGAUCGACAGAGAAUAGCAGCCUAAUUUCUGUGAGGUAUCAGCUUCUUCGGGAGGUAUGGAUGAAUAGUGAGUAGGAACACUGGACUAGACUAAACAGAUUUGGUUCAUCAUCUCAUGGUUUAGACAUCUGAGAGCUUCUGGGAUUUAGUAGGCUGAAAAUACUUAAAUUGCGUGGGCAGAGAUGAAUAAGAAGCUGCUACAUGUAUAUAAACAACUAGCUAGUGUGUAAAGGAACUGGGGUUUUUUAUUGAGUUGUAAAUCUGUGUUUCUGUCCGAAGAGAAAUUUUCGGGUAUAUUUGUGCUGUUAGGCUAGGAAAACAUUGUUCAGACUUUGUCUUAUUCUCACAAACUCCUUUAGGAGCACUUGCGAAAAAGAUUGAGAAACACAAAUUGUACGCUACUGUAUCCCCGGCCCUGAGAUUUUUGAGGCCCUAGGCGGCGUUUGAAAAUGGAGCCUCUUGUGUUUAUAUAUAUAUUUGUAUUUUGAAAUAA